AUGGCCGUGGGUGAGAACGGGUCGUUGAAUCGGACGGACGGCAAUGAUUCUGCUGCCGUCGAUCAUCAGUCAAAUCAGAACGGCGUGCCACGGUCAACGUUACCGAUUGAUCAGAAUCUUCAGAUAAAAACCACUGUCCAGCGUAAGCCUCAAAUGGAUGUAUUUCAACAGCAACAACAAAGAAUCAACGACAAUGGAGUGCUGAGUCAUCAUCAUAAUCUUCAUCAUCAGAAAAUGAACGGUGUUGAUGAGGAAGGGUUUAAGAGCAGCAGGGAGAUGAGGGAUUUGGAGGAAAUGUUCUCCAAACUGAACCCCAUGGCUGCAGAGUUUGUUCCCCCCUCCCUCUCUUCCGACAACUACGGUGGAGUAGUGCCAUUCCCUCCCGGUGGAGACCAAUUUGGAUUUGAUGCUUUCAAUUUUGCUGUGCAAGCUGGACUCUGUGGCGAUGGAAUUUCCAACAGAAGGGUAACUAAUUUACUUAUUUAG